AUGGAAAAAAGACAGGUGGAGCUUCAGGGAGAGUCCAGCAGACCACCAACUAAGAAACAGCGACAUGACACCUCAUACUCUGAGAAAUUCAUGCUUUCUGAAGUGAAAACCAUCAUGACGUGUAUCCAUAACAAACUACAGCAGCAAGACACAGAGCUCAAUGAAUUCCUGAAGGAGAAAAUUUGUGAGUUGGAGACAGAAAAGAGGGAGAUGGUCGGCGUCUUUGGAAAAACAGGGGCUGGAAAGAGCUCUUUAAUAAAUGCUGUCAUUGGAGUGAAGGAUCUCUUGUCUUCAGGAAGUGUCAGUGCGUGUACCUCAGUCAUGGUUAAAGUGGAGGCUAACACAAAGAACAAGAAUUAUGAGGCAGAGAUUGAAUUCAUCUCAAAACAGGAGUGGAAGCAUGAUUUGUGGUUCUUGUUAACUUUCAUUAAUGAUGAAAGACAUGAAGACGAUACUGAUGAUUACAAUGAUGCCGUGGAAGUGCUGUCAGCGGUGUGAGAAGACUGGGAAAAAAACAGUUCCCAAGAAAGUCUCUGCAAUGACAAACACUUCAGAGAAAUCCCAGAAUUCAUCCAGUCCAGGAAGAAGACCUUGACCUGUGAAUCAGCUGGAGAGCUGUCUGCGAAACUUGUCAAAUACACAAGAAGUGGCUCAAAAGAUGGAAAAUACAGAGGUAAGAGGUGGUUUUGGCCCCUGGUGAAGUGUGUGACUCUCUGGGUUCCGAAUAAUGACUUCCUCCAGCAUGUCACUCUUGUGGACCUACCUGGAAGUGGAGACCGCAACAAAAGCAGAGAUAAAAUGUGGAAAGGGGUUGUUGGAAGCUGUUCCACUGUGUGGAUUGUGGCUGAUAUUGACAGAGCAGUAUCAGAGAAAGAACCAUGGGAGAUCCUGAGAAAUGCCAGCAGCCUUAUGGGAAAUGGAGGCCAGUGUCAGCAAAUUCACUUCAUCUGCACCAAGUCUGAUGUUACUGAGGAUUCAGAUAAUCCUUCAAAAGAUCGUGUUCGUGCUUCCAUCUUCAAGAGGAACAUGCAAGCCAAGGAAGAAGUGAAGAGAGAAUUCAGGAAACUACACAAGGUGAAACAUUUCAGUGAUGAACGUUUCGAAGUGUUCACAGUGAGCUCCAAAGAAUCGAAGAAAAAAAGUCUGGAGCCAAAUGAAACUGAAGUCCCAAAACUUCAGGAAUUUCUUCAAAAACUAAACGACUGUCACUCAGAAACAUUGAACUAUAUGUCUGGAGCGUACGGGAUUCUGUCCCUGAUGCAAGGGGCCAGCUGUACAGACGCUGGCAUGAAAGUCGAUGUGUGCAGAGACCUUGAAGAAAACCUAAAAUCUGGACUUGAGGAAGUCUUAAAGUCCAUGAAAAUGACCUUAAAGGCUUUCAGAAACUGCCUCAAGGAAGGGGUUGAAAAUUCCAAAAGUUCAUGGGAAAGUACCUUGAAGAACUUCUUACACCCUAGGAGGCAAACAGGAAGUGCUGUUCAAAAGAAAUUGAAGUAUAUAGUUGCUAACAAUGGCAGCUUCAGACCAAAAAAAGGGAAACAAGAGAACUUCAGAGAAUUAGCUUCAAAGCUGACUGAGAGCAUUGAUGAGGAAUUUAGGAAGACCUUCCCAAAUGACUCAAAAUGUGAUCCAUUCAACGGGGCCAUCACUUCCUUUUCCCUUGACACAGAGAAGCUGAUGGAAAAGUACAAAGAUGUGGAACUGCAGCUGAUAUAUCUGAGGACAGAGGAAGACAAACUGAAGACAAAACUGGACAGAACCAUUCGGGAGCGUAAGAAAGAAGUCUACAGCAGCCUGACAACCACUAUUGAAGAAAUCAUGCAAAAAUGCUAUGACGAGGCAAAACAAUGUACGGGCAAAGGCUCUCUAAAUGGCAUGAGGGAAGUCAUUGAGCAGCAUGUGCAUUCUAAGAAGGACUACAUGUUUGAGGAGGCUAAAGAGGCAAUGUUGUCAAAACUGCAAAAUUUUAUGGAGGACAUCCUGAAGAAACUGAAGGAAACAAUGCAGGAAUCAAUUGACCGGUCACUCAAGACAGAUGAUCAGUCACUUCCAGAUGUCAGAGAGGAGCUGGAGACGGUGAAAAAAUACUGCAAAGAGUUAAAGAAGAGCAACAAUGAAGAAGCAUCUGCAGUUUGUGCUGCCCAACCUGGCCCGUCAACGGCACAGGUCUAAAGAGAAACAGCAGAGGUCUGAUGUACCACUGAGGGUCCCAGAAGGGAAGAUGAUGGGACAGAAGAGUCCACUGAAUUUGGUCUCAACCUUUUUGUCAAGUUGUUAUCUUUGA